AUGCUAACAACGUUUAACAUAAUCUGGAAAAGGGAGCAGGCAGAAAACGUGAAUAAUGAAAAGCAGUGCAAAACCGUGAGCGAGUCAUUAGGAGGGAAUGCAGAAAGUAGUGAAAGCCCAUCGUCGUCCAUAUCCGAAUUUGAUCAACUGGUGAACGACGUGGAGGAUCUGUUAGAAGAGCAACAAAUUAACGAAACGGAAAAAUUAUACAAAAUAUCGAAAUGUCCAAAUGAAAAAUUCAACAAAAAAAAUAAGUUAAGUAUCACGGAUUUAUCAGCCCAACUAUGGUGCGAACAACAAUUGGAAUUAAUCUUAACAACCGGAAAAAAAAGAGAAACAGAAGCAAUGAGAUUAGGUAUAGAAAGACAUGAAGUGUUAGAAAAAGCGGAUCAUCUCAUAAUUGAUGUGGAAGUGAAUACGAGAGAAGAAUCUUUAGGAUACCGUCUACUGAACACGAUUAUCCUGUUGGAACAAUUAUAUGAAUAUAAGAAGGCAAGAGAAGUGUGGGUUUUUGGGGUCAUUAGAGGCUACGUAUUAAGAGGCAUAAUUGACGAGCUAAGAAUAGAAUACGAUCAUGUUUCUAGGAGGGAAUAUUUAAUAAUUUCUGAUACCAAAACGAGGAAGGAAAAAAGAGAGCCAAGCUUUGCUCAGAAGAAAUCCUCCGCUAUACAGGUACAGACAUAUUGUCUACUGUUGCAACAUUUAAAAAGUGGAAAGGCUGACUUUAAAAAAUUGUUUGAAAUAUACGAAUGUGAUCCAACGUUUGAAUUUACCGCUAUUGAUUUGAUAAAAUAUAAAAACUUGGAAAACCUAUGCAAAGUAGUCAAUUGUCUCUUUGUUAGACUUCCAAAAAUUAAAGAAGAAAUGGAAAUUGUGUACGAACACCAAGGGGUUGAGUUUUCUCGAAACCACAUUCCUUAUUUUUACCACUCCACUUUGUUCACUAUUAACAUUUUGUUGGAUUACUGGGAUGGCAAGCGCUCUAGCGACGUGGUGGAGAACUCCGACAAGUGGAAAUGCAAGUUUUGCGACUUCGUCAGGAACUGCGUCAGGUGCCCUCUGGACGGGUAA